UCUCCCACGUGCUACUCCCGCGUGUUCCGAAACUAACGUGCAUAGUGACUCGCUCGGCUCUGCAAGAUGGCUUCCUUGAGCUACCUAAAGCUCGGUUUACUGUCACUAAUCGUGUGAAAUUGUUGUUUUUGAAACCCCGGUAGUUGUUGAAAUAGCGGAACAGGUAUCACCGACAAAUCUCAGGUCUAGUGGAAGUGUUUUUAAAGUGUUCGUGAAUUUAAAAACGUUUUUCUCUGAAGUGUUUUGAGACUUGUGGAGGGAGUGAUGUGCAAAGUCUCGGUGUAAAUGAACCCAAAUAUUGUUGUGUUUCCCAGUGAAGAAUAUUAUUUGUGCGUACCGUGUGAAGUGUUGAUAGUUUGAACACUCGUUAGACGAUAGUUGUAAUGUGACAGUAGCAAAGUGCGAGUCUAGGGUGAAGUGUAUAGGUGAGGUUGGAACGUGGUUACAUAAUCGUGCACAUGAUGCUGGAGCCUGGGUUGAGCGAUCACUCCUUCGCAUCCCUGCUGGCUGAGCCCGCCGCCACGAUGCCUGCAGGAGGCGGCACCGGGACCACCGCUAGGGCCGCCGCCAGGAAGAGUGGCGACUCGAGCCUCCCCAACGGCUGCGACGGGGGCGGCAGCAGAUUUGUGUUGGCGGGCGGGCGGGAGGUUGGUGGUGGUGGGCGUGAGGCAAGUGGUGGUGGUGGUGGUGGGUCGGAGCAGCAGCAGCAACAGCAGGUGAGCGGGGCAGCCCCCCCUCCUCCUCUUCCCCCACUACUGCUCACCACUACCAUCGGUGGGGGUAACAAGUGCGAGGUGUCCGCCCCUCCUUACUCCCUCCACCCUGGGCCCUACUCUCUCCCCUCCACCCCCAACAUUUUUUCUACCUCAGUUUAUACGCCGGGCGUCACCCCACACUCGCCGACUGAGCCCAGGGACGUCUUCCCUGCACCCUUCUCAGCCAUCACCUUCCCCUUCCAGUAUGGCUCGGACGACUUCAAUCAAGAUUCCCCGCGGUAUACGUCGCCCAAACCUGGUGGGCUCUAUGGCGAGUCCUACUUCAUGGAGAGUGGAGGUAGUGAUGUAUGGGGCGCAACUGGUGGUGGUGGCGGAGGUGGAGCGGCAGCGGCAGUGGCCGCAGGAGCCAUGGGAAGCUACCCAUACCCAGCACCGUCCAUGAUGGGCCCCUCACCCCAUCUCACGCCGUCACACUACAUGACGACACCUCUCCAUGAUCCAAUGGGUUAUGAUAACAUGGCUUCAGGUUUGCCACCCAUGUCAACUUUCCGAGGACCUGGCGCGAGUAGUACCACUGGUGGGGGAUCAGUGGCGACCUCCUCACCCCUUUACACACACUCUCCUGUGCCUAAUCACACCCAGGCCACAGCCACAGGCAAUACGGGUGACACACUCGGCAAGGCGUUAUCUUCAAUUUAUCCUGGAGAGCAGACGUCGAGCAGCUACAGCAGUAACCCCGGCACCCCAGUAUCUGCCACCUCCCCGCCCCCCCUCACCUCCGGGGCAACUAGUGGGGCCCCCCAACAGUGGCCACAGCCCCAUACACCCACCUCACCUCAUUAUGACCGUUCCCUCUCCAUGCCACCACAUAUGGCAGAGGAGAACUUAGAGUCAGCAAUCGACUAUCUUCGAGAUAUUGAGGGCUCGUCAAGGAUAGACGACAGAUUGGACGAUGCUGUCAUUGUCUUACAACGUCACGCAGAGACUACGGGAGGCUUAACUGGUGCUGGUCCACACUUGGGACCCUCGUCACAUGGGGGCUCUCUCCCACCUUACCCUUCUGCCCUGGAUUCACAUUUGGGUGGUCCACCAAAUUCCACCUUCACAACCUUGGGAUCCCACUCACAAGAUCUGAAAGGUCUUGGGGUUCCAGGCCUAGGUGACAGUGUUAAAGAGAAAUUGGAAGUAAAAUCAGAAGAAUUAUCAAGCUCACAUCUGUCAACAACCACAGUUGCGGGAAGUAUGCCAGCUGGAGCAAAGGGUGGCAAACGCUCUCGCAGUUUAUCCCAGUCCUGCUUGCCUGACCCUUCAAAGCAGCUUGGCCCACCUCUGCUCAGACUUCUGGCUUCGGCUCAGCAUUCUGGUUCCAGCACGGAGGAUGAAGAAUGUACAGACCCCGAAACUAAAGCGCUAAGGGAAAAAGAGCGUCGCCAAGCGAACAACGCCAGGGAAAGGAUCAGAAUCCGUGACAUAAACGACGCUCUCAAGGAACUGGGAAGGAUGUGCAUGACACAUCUGAAAACUGACAAGCCCCAGACUAAGUUGGGCAUUCUCAACAUGGCAGUUGAUGUUAUUAUGUCGCUCGAACAGCAAGUCAGAGAGCGUAAUCUGAAUCCCAAGGCAGCUUGUUUGAAGCGACGUGAAGAGGAGAAGUCUGAUAAACUACCACCACCACAUCUACCACACCCUUCCAGUAUGGCCCCACCCUUCCCAAAUCUGCCCGGUGAUCAUUUAAGCCAUGGUGGAGCUGGACCUCACUAGUUACCUGACCACCACUGGCAGCAGCUGUAGCCCUUCCCAACAAGGACUACAUUGGGGGGUUGUGGAGCCCCCCCUUUAAUGGGGCUGGUAUGUACAGCCGAGCCACUCACAAGGCCUGUGCGAGAGAGGCAGCAUGUGGCACAUCCGUGUGGCAGGGGAUCGUGACAUAGGGCAAUUAUAUGUGUUUAGUGUAUAUUUUUUAAGCAGCCAAGGGAAUGGCAAGGGAUGGGACAGUUUUGAACAUUUGUUUAGGACACCAGGGCCCCCUAACCCCCCCUGCCCAGUGCAGCUCAGUGUGUGGUCUCCUGCGUGCGAUCUUCCACAACAUAUCUCGCAGCCAAUCAUAUCACAAGGCAGCCUAAGCUUGGUCAUGAUGUGACAAUGGUCGUAGCUUCACUUAUCCUGAAAUGUGCAAAAUGAAGUUCUGCAAGUCUUUGUGUGUAUCUGAGCUCCCAAAGAAAUUUUGCAAGGUUGAGCAAUGACUCAAAAUUGUUGUAAGAAUUUGGAAAGUGUAUACAAAAGAGCGACAAGAUGCCUUGAAGUGUGGGGUGAAGCUGAAUAGUGCAGUGUGAUGAACUGAGUUGGCUUUCAUACUGGCCACGUACUCUGAGCUGGUGGUGAAGACCGAGCAAUGAACCUGACUUCACUAGGUUUAGCAUUGUAUACAUAAUUACUAUACAUUGUGUACAGAAUGACUCAUUAUUUUAUUAAACAAACAUUUUUAGCUAGGUGAUCUAUUCUGAGAAAAAGAGUAAUGUAAAGAAUGCACAAUGCUAUUAUGAACAGAUGGUUUACAUCAAGGAUUAUGAUUCAGAAGCUAAGAUUAUAAUGGUAGCUUCACUGUGUUGAGCAACUCCUCUUUUAAGUGCAUAAUUUUAGUGUAGUUGUUAGUGCUUCCCAUUUUCCUGUGUUCAUCUGCUGACUUUAUUGAUAAUUUUUAUUUUGUACUCAUUAUUUAGAACUGGAUCUCUGUGUCCACCUUUGUCAUGAGUGGAAGGAGGCCAAUCAGUCCACAGUGCCUCAACAUCAGUUUUCUAUCAUGGGGAAGUAAGUGAUACAUAUUUGACAAUUAUUGAUUUUUAACACACUAUUCAGCUAAGGAAACAGCAGCUUGAAAGAUGUUGUGUGUAGCUUUGCUGUUAGACAUAUCAUCUGAUAAUUGGAGAAAUUUCUGUAAUUGUGUUGCACCUAAAUUGCAGCCGAAUGUCAUCUACAAAUUUUGUUAUUACUUGGCAUUGUUAAAAAGUGUUACUUUGAUUGCAAAAUGGUGCAGAUUUCUUGUAAUAAUGUCAUUCUAAAACAUUCCAAUUGAAGUGUUAUGUAACUUUUGUUGAUAGUUACAACUGUGGUCUAUGGACCCAAUACCAAACCCACUCAUCUCUGGACUGCACUUUGACAUUUACAUUGUUAAAACAUGUGUACAUAGCAGGUACAUGGUGGUGUUUGCACAUAUGUUAUCUUAUUAAUAUCCAGUUCUAUUGGAUAAUUUAUUAUAAAUUAAAAAACACAACCAUGACCCUGAUUUCUAUACACAGUUCGCUGUAGGCCUACUGCAUCUGACUAUCAGGUUUACAAGGCACAGCUAUUGGAGAUCUGGAGCCUCCAGUGUGAUUUAAUUGCUUUAGACCUUCCACAAGAUUAUUUAGCUAAGAAUUGGUUAAAAAGAUUAUUGAAAUUAUUGACAUAAAAUGUUUAAUAUUUUAUUGUAGUGUGUUCUCAACUUUGUAGAUAUUAUGAUGGUUUGUUGAGAUGAUGUUUAAUGACAGGAGCAGCCAGCAUUAGAUUCAUGGACUUUUCCUUGUGCAUUUUUCAAGAUUCAUAUUUAAAUAUUUUAUCUGUCAGAAAUAUUCCAUCCAUCCUGGUACGCCUGAGACUCGCAGGGACAAUGCUGUUCCUCGUGUUAACGCUCACUCAAUAAACUCUGCCGGCUCACCACCCUACACCAAUGCUACCUUUACUCCCUCCCAGCUGAUAUUGAGGAUGGGGAGUGUUGAGUUCGGGCACCAGUCUGGCGUGCCUCAGAGCUUCCAGGCGCUGCGGCACUUGACCCAGUCGGAUGACGUGAUGUGUACAAAUAUUGUAAGACGAGUGCAGUGGGCGCUGUGUCAGCCUAUCCACGAGGGUACUCAACAUGGACUUCAUCUGUAGAAUAAUAAAUGUGCCAUUUUGCAUUA